ACAACAGGCCCAUUAAUGGGCUUUCUUGACGACGCUUUGUUUGCCAGGAGUAGUACGCUGUUUCUUUCUUCUCCGGCGAGAGACGAAGAAGAAGAAGAAGAUAACGAAACACACAAAAGCAUGAACGGAGCUUCACUCUGUAAUUCCGUUUUGCUCCAUUCUCGUUUAAGGUCACCGUGUUCCUUCGCUUCUUCGUCUUCUUCAUAUGCGUUCACAACGUCUACGUAUAUCUCAAUUCGAAUUCGCCAGAGUUUUAGAGCACUCGUUGUGAAAAGGAGUAAUGGGUUUUGUUCAUUCGCUGUAAACAAGCGUGGAAUUGGCGAUUUCGGUCGUAUGGAGUUAGAAGAUGAUGAGGAUGAUGAAGAUUGGGAUGAAUUCGAUGAAGAAGACGAUGGAGAUAAAGAUGAAGAUGAAGACGAAGGAGAGUUUUUGCCAAUGGAUAAGAUGAAGAAAUGGUUAGAGAGAAAGCCUCGUGGGUUUGGAUCAGGUAAAAAGUACGAAACUUCAAUUGAAGAUAAGUUGCUCGACGAAAUUGAGCAAAGUUGGAAAGCUCAAGCUUCUAAUCUCAAUAAGCUUAAGAACGAUCCUCUCAAGUCACAUCAGCUUAAGCGUGAUGAUACUCUCAUCAAAGGAACUGGAGAAGAGACUCAAGUUGGGUUUCGUGUUCGUGUGACUAAUCUUCCUAAGAAGAAGAAUGUUCAUAGAGAUCUUAAGGUUGCGUUUAAAGAAGUAAGUGGCGUUUUGAGUAUUACACCAGCUGUGUCUGGGAAUAAGAAGACUAAGGAUCCUGUUUGUAAAGGAUUUGCUCAUCUUGAUUUCAAAACUGAGACUGAUGCAAACAGGUUUGUGAAAGAGUUCAAUGGACAGAGUUUAGCAUUUGGAAAAGUUAUAAAGCAAAUCAAAUGUCAGGUUGUGGAGUUUUCUUCAGACGAGUCAGUGUCAAAGGAAGUAUACUUUGAUAACGGCUUCAAGGUGCAGAAACUUCCGUAUUCUGGUUUAGAAGAAGUUUCUGUUGCUGAUGUUGUUGUUGAAGAAGAGGAGGCUUUUGUAGAUUCAUUGGAAGAAUCUGAUGAUUCAGAUGAAGAGGUAUAUGAACUGGAAGUGGAAGAGGAUAAACCAAAUCGUAUCUCUGGUAGUGUAGAAUCUCCUGUGGAACUGAGACGUGAUUUGAAAACCGAGUUAAAGUCGCAGAAACAAGUUGUGAAGCGAGAGAUUAGGGAACACGAGGUGUUAGAGACACCUUUAGUUUCAUUCCAAGCGAAUAAAUCGAAGGAAGCUGUUGCAGAAACACGCUUGGAUGAUGAACAAUACGAGGAAGCUGUAGUAGAAACACACUCGGAUGAUGAAUUCGAAAGGGAUGAUGAAGAAGACUCUCUUGAAGAGAAUCUUGAACCUCUAAACAGUUCAAUGUCAUCCUCAGAAGAAAUUCGAGUAGAUAGAAUCCGCAUGCUGGAGCAGAAGCUUCUCGGUAAAGAAAAACUCUUUGGUGGAGGAACUGGCUUUGAUAAAUCAGAAGCAAAACCCGCUAGAGACGAAGGGAAGAAGAAGGAGAAAAAGAAGAAGAAAAAGAUUCUUGUGAAAGGGCAAGCUAAAAAGGGAGCAAAGAUAGAAAUUCCUGGAUCUUCAAAGAGGUUAAAGGUGAAGGAGAAGGCUCUCUUAACUGGCGUCUUAGUCAAGUAUGCUGCAAAAGUUGCUUCAACCUCGAAUGAUGAAUGAUCCGUCACAAGUGAUCAAGUUUUGUGUUUUGAUAAUCUUUGUCAACUGCUUAGUAGUAAGCCACCCUCGUUCUGUUCUUAUAAAAGUGUUACAAGAUCAAGAGAGGAACAAGAAUAGGGUAUAAAACGUUGCAUGAGGAUAUAUUAUUUUUCUUGUUCUUCUUCUUAGGGAUACAACAACGAGCGUACAUUUCAUUA